AUCCUCCACACAGAUUCCCUCGUCCCACGGUCAGUCCGGGUGUGUCUGCCACUGCCACGUCCUCCUCUCUACGACCAACUGGUACACCUGUGUGUUCACCUGCUGCGAGUUGUCCCCCUCCACUACAAACCACAAGUUGUCUCACCGUCAGUUGUCCCCCUGGACAAGAGAGUACUCCACCCACACAGAGAGUACUCCACUCACACAGAGAGUACUCCAUUCACACAGAGAGUACUCCACCCACACAGAGAGUACUCCACUCACACAGAGAGUACUCCACUCACACUGAGAGUACUCCACUCACACAGAGAGUACUCCACUCACACAGAGAGUACUCCACCCACACAGAGAGAGUACUCCACUCACACAGAGAGUACUCCACUCACACAGAGCCGGGCUCAAGCUUGGUCAGCGGGUCAGUCCACCUCCUCCACGGGUCAGUCCACCUCCUCCAAGAGUACCUCCUCCACGGGUCAGUCUACCUCCUCCAAGGGUCAGUCCACCUCCUCCACGGGUCAGUCCACCUCCUCCACGGGUCAGUCCACCUCCUCCAAGAGUCAGUCCACCUCCUCCACGGGUCAGUCCACCUCCUCCACGGGUCAGUCCACCUCCUCCAGGGGUCACUCGGAGGUCAGCCUGCCUGCUUCCUCUCUCCUGGCGUCUGAUGCCACCACGACACAUGCCACUGAUCAACUUUGUACUUCGCUGGCCCAACGACGCGCGACUGGCAGUGUGGUCACCUCCCGUCUGUCAUGUCACGGGCCGUCUGUGAAGCCUGCACUGACCCUGCUUGUCAUACACCCCCCGAACUCCUCACACUCCCCGAACUCCUCACACUCCCCGAACCCCGCGGUCCACUCAGCUGUGGCAGGUCAGAGUUGUCGGUCCAACCUCUCCUCCUCCUCCUCACUCCCACCAUGACACCAGUUUUUUCUUUUUAUAAACGGUUGUUUUUUUGCCCCCAUCUGGUGGUCCCAGCGCCUCUCUCCGUGCCUGUGUCUGGGUGGCACAAUGUCGGAACAGUGGCAGCUCAGUGUCGGAACAGUGGCAGCUCAGUGUCGGAACUGUGGCAGCUCAGUGUCGGAACAGUGGCAGCUCAGUGGCGGAACAGUGGCAGCUCAGUGGCGGCUCAGUGGCGGAACAGUGGCAGCUCAGUGGCGGCUUCCCCUGUGACAUGAUCCUCCCACAGCGUCUGUGGUGUAGCGGUGAGGUGUUUCGCUCUCGCACGUAAAAGACCACAGUUUGAUUCCCAAGUGGGAAGAACUGUUACAGUGUAAGUGACAGUAGGCUAUGACAUGAAGGUGACAGUAGGCUAUGACAUGAAGGUGUUGCCUCAGGGAAAUGCUUCAAGUUUCUAGUUACUUAAAGUCCAACACGGCAAGUACAGACAUUUUCUGUUGACCAAGGAAAGUACAAGUAGGUCAUCAGGUUAACCAAACUUUCCCAAAACAAACUCAGUCUACACACAGUUUUCACAAAUCCUCGGCUAUUGCUCCAAUCUACUACGGCCAGAAACCAAACUGUUUCAAAACCUGGUACCUGUAGUCCUUAUCUCACCCUUUUUAAUGUGACUCUCUCAGCACCUCUAAUCCUCAACACUUCCGUGACUUCUUUUAUAGCAAGUUCUGUACAAGUUUUUACAGAGACUAAACUGAUCAUGAUUCUGUUGUGGGAGACGCAUUGCAUUGUGGGAUUGGCUCAGUUGUCUUGUGAAUGGUUUCCUUUGAUGUGUUAUGUUUACAAAUGUUCUGAUUCAGAAAUUAAAAUUAAAGGAAAUUCCUACGGUACUUUUAUCUUACUGGCUUGUGUAAGUGUGUGAAUUUAUAGGCUAUGUGUCACGACGCGCUGGAAUUGGGCGCUCGUUAAUUUUUGGGAAUAUGGAGAUAUUGAAAUCAUCUUCCAACUUGAUCAUUUGCCCUGCUUUAAAUGGAAAAAUUUUCCAUCUAUCUUGAAAAGAAGUCGAGACAUUUACGAUUGAAGGAGGUGGGGGUCACCUGGUGUCUGAGGGAAAAUUAGCGGAGAAAAUGGCCGCCAUAGUUUGGUAACUUCCAAAGAAUGAGAGUCCUUGGAAACUGCAGUACUUCACAGCAUUACUUACAAGUUGAGUACCUUGGAAACUACAGUACUUCACAGCUUUACUUACAAGUUUAGUACCUUGGAUUGGUUUUCAGUAAAAUCUACACAUAAAUGUAUUCUUAAAAAGGCGUUGCGCUAGGCAAAAAAUGAAAAUAUUUAAAAAAAGAUCCAACAGCCAGAACAGUGCUGCUUUACUUGACUUGAUUAGAUCUACUUUGAUGAGCGCCGCAACUCACCAUGAUGUCUCAUGUGUGUACUGACUCCAAGAGAGGAGUUUCUAGAUCUACAUGUUGUUACAUACAACGUACCUAUGAGACACAAAUGACCACUUUGUCGUGUCCUGUGGGAGUGUACGUGACAAAAUGGACAGUUUGUCGUGUCCUGUGGAGGUGUACGUGACAACAUGGACAGUUUGUCAUGUCCUGUGGGAGUGUACGUGACAACAUGGACAGUUUGUCGUGUCCUGUGGAGGUGUACGUGACAACAUGGACAGUUUGUCGUGUCCUGUGGGAGUGUACGUGACAACAUGGACAGUUUGUCGUGUCCUGUGGGAGUGUACGUGACAACAUGGACAGUUUGUCGUGUCCUGUGGGAGUGUACGUGACAACAUGGACAGUUUGUCGUGUCCUGUGCAGGUGUACGUGACAACAUGGACAGUUUGUCGUGUCCUGUGGGAGUGUACGUGACAACAUGGACAGUUUGUCGUGUCCUGUGGAGGUGUACGUGACAACAUGGACAGUUUGUCGUGUCCUGUGGAGGUGUACGUGACAACAUGGACAGUUUGUCGUGUCCAGUGGAGGUGUAUGUGACAACAUGGACAGUUUGUCGUGUCCUGUGGGAGUGUACGUGACAACAUGGACAGUUUGUCGUGUCCUGUGGAGAUGUACGUGACAACAUGGACAGUUUUGUGCUAGGAUCUCCACCAAGCUGUCGUGGCAAACGACCACCUGUGUACAAACCUCUCACCUGUACAAACAACCACCUGUGUACAAACCUCUCACCUGUACAAACCUCUCACCUGUACAAACCUCUCACUGUACAAACCUCUCACUGUACAAACCUCUCACCUGUACAAACGACCACCUGUACAAACGACCACCUGUCACCUGCCCCCUCACGGCAAUGUCCUGUCUAAGAUUGAGAAGGAGAACUGCUCGUUGUCCCGGGGCAGAGUCCAAUGUACAUGGGUGGGCUCGUUGUCCCGGGGCAGAGUCCAAUGUACAUGGGUGGGGUCGUUGUCCCGGGGCACAGUCCAAUGUACAUGGGUGGGGUCGUUGUCCCCGGGCAGAGUCCAAUGUACAUGGGUGGGGUCGUUGUCCCGGGGCACAGUCCAAUGUACAUGGGUGGGAUUACUGACAGUAGUGAGCUGAGAACUAGCAACAUAAAGUGAGUUCAUAUUGGGAAAAUACCUGUUUUUUUAUUCACCACAACAGCUUGAGGUAAGUGCAUCGUACAUCGUGUUGAGCACAUCAGAGACAUGGCAGAGUAGGACGGUACAAGUAGGCUACGUGUGGUCACCGACGACACAAUAUACAAUUCAAUCAUUGCUGUCAACACAUUUGACGAAGCACCACACAGACAUGGGAGGACUACUUGUACACAUGUCUGACACACACACAAAGACAGGAGGAAAGACACAUAAGCUGAACUUUUAACGAUUUACUCAAAACCAUAGAAUUCUCCAACAAAGUCUUUGGUUGGUCCUCACUUGGCCUCUUUACAGUCAGUGAGCGUUUUAUGGCACACGCUACACAAUAAGGUCAUAUAUUUACUAAGUGCCACAGAUUAGAGCUGUUACAAGAGGGUAACAAACGUAAAAAAGGUGUGUACAUUUAUAUAUAUAUAUAUACAUGUCAACAAACGUCACAGGAGUAGGCAAUAUCACAGAAUUUUCUUUUAAAUAUAUACGUGUACGUCAAACAUCACAGAAGUGUCUACAUAUACAUCUUAUGUCACACACCUGUCCACAUUUAUACGUGUAUGUCAAAUGCUACAGAAGUGUCUAUAUAUAUACAAACGGUCGCUUUUAAGCACAAGGGGGGUAUCCCGAAAAAGGCUGUUUUGAGAAAGACAAGGAGAGUUUUCUCUAUAACCAAACAAAUCUACACACCAAUGAAACCAAACUUCUUCUAUAGUAUAGGUAGGGGAAUGCCCACAUUUGGUGUAGGUCAAGAUUUCUGGAAACUCCCAAAAUCUGGGUCAGCCUGCUUGGCCUUCAAAGCGACCACAAUAUAUAUAUAUUAUAUAUGUGUACGUCAAACAUUAUCGGAGGAAACAUCAAAUGGUGACAUACAGUACAGGUACAGAAAACUGAACAGUAUUUAAUUAGGACACUCCCACAUUUCUGCACAACCAGCCAGUGAUCAUUUGUAAAGCAGCCACCAGUCAUUUCUGUCCUGUGUGAGUGAGGCGUGCUGCCAGUCAUUUCUGUCCUGUGUGAGUGAGGCGUGCUGCCAGUCAUUUCUGUCCUGUGUGAGUGAGGCGUGCUGCCAGUCAGUUCUGUCCUGUGUGAGUGAGGCGUGCUGCCAGUCAGUUCUGUCCUGUGUGAGUGAGGCGUGCUGACUUCUCGCAAUCUGCCACAGAAGAUAUCCGCCAGAAAAUUGACACAGAGGUCAAAAUUGUUAAUUUUCAACUGAUGCCAUGUUUUUCAAAUUUAACAUGUCUUUUGUCCUUUCAUACGUAUAAAUUGUACAAACUCAACCUAUAGAUUUGACAUAUUUAGGCCAUAGGGCUACAAUGAGAGAAGUGCCGGUAAGUCAUUCUGUCAGUACGCCUCACAAACCUCCCAUUCCUCACAAUAAGAAUAAGAAAUAGCAUUUCUGCUGCACAUUGCCAUUUUUUUUUUUAAUGCUCAAAAUGUGCAUUACAUAAAAAAACAGAUAUCACAUCUUAAAAAUUAGAUUGACAUGUGUGUACGUAAACGUGAAACACAGUAUUAGGAAUAUAUACAUGUAUAUAUAUAUAUAAAAAUCUCCAUGAGAAAAACAGUGUCAUCCCCUACCACCAGAGGAGGUCAUGUUUCCUCAACGCUUUACAUUUCCUAAACAACACCUCAUUCCAACAUAUUCUUCUUGUGGACAAUGGAAAAAGCACAUUCAUUUAGGCUGCACAUCGCGACCACUGUGCUUUCUUGUCCUAUCUCCAUUUUUUUAAACAGUGAAACUGCAAUUUCUUUCUUAAGCUCACUCUUUGUUAUGAACUGUUUUCACUGUUAUUAAAAAUGGAGAUAGGGCAAGAAAGCACUGAGGUCGCGACAUAUCUCAAGCUGUAAUUAAGUUCACCUGCAAAAACAGGAUAGAAAAUAGACAAAUAUAUAUAUAUAUAUAAGAUCUUCAUAUUCAAGAUGUCAACAAAAUGAGAGGGAGAAGAUUGUGACCCGACAUUCCCCAAAGGUGUUGAGGAUUUCUGUUUGGCACUGCUGGCACGUACAUCGUACAUCCGGACAAAAGUUCUGUCUUGAGACACAGAGAGAUAUAUAUAUAUAUCAGAGACAUAUAUAUUUAUUAUAUAUAACAUUAUCUGGCAAGAUGAACAUCAACAAUUAAUGUCACAUGAGAUGACUCUAUGAAAUACAUGACCACACAUCACAUGAGAUGACUAUAUGUGAACACACAUCACAUGAGAUGACGUGAGUGAUUAUCUCAAGCAUGCAAGUUGUGGAAAAUAUUGGUGCUUUCAUGCCCCAAUCAACAGUUCAGAUCAUUUGGGAGACGGGCUUCCAACCCUGCCUAAACAGGAACAAUAGGGAAGGACUUCCGUAACGAGCCUGCCUAAACAGAAACAAUAGGGAAGGACUUCCGUAACGAGCCUGCCUAAACAGGAACAAUAUGGAAGGACUUCCGUAACGAGCCACCACCCCAAUAACUCAUUCGGGACACGCGUUUUGAACCCAGAGAUGCGCCAUUUUGGGUCAACUUUGAAAGUCUGCCAUUUUUUUCCCUUUUGAUAUUUGUAAAGUUUACAAACCAUGUACCCAAUCAACAUUUCCCCUUUUGAUAUUUGUUAAGUUUACAAACCUUCUACCCAAUCAACAUAUCUGUCUGCCCCGCUCACUAUCAGUCGUAACACGCACUCUGCUAUUAUCCGCUAUGAGGCUCGAAAGGCAAACAAGUGACUUUCCAUGAAAUGUUUGUUUUUUGGAUGUAUUGAAAGUUUGAUGUCUUCUGCUUCAUUUAAAAUAAACAACUAUAAUCGACUAUAAA